AUGGUCCUCUUGAAAUGGUUCGUGUGCCAAUUGGUCCUGUUUACUGCUUUUUCGCAUGCGUUUACCGACUAUCUAUUGAAGAAAUGUGCGCAAUCUGGAUUUUGUCAUAGAAACAGAAUUUAUGCUGAAAAUAUUGCCAGAUCCCAUCACUCUUAUUACAAAUUGGACGCCGAAUCUAUUGCUCACGAUCCUCUGCAGAAUGUUCUUCAUGCUACCAUAAUUAAGACUAUACCAAGAUUGGACGGCGAUGAUAUAGCCGUCGAGUUCCCAUUUUCUCUCUCUUUUUUACAGGAUCACUCAGUGAGGUUUACUAUAGACGAGAAAGAGAGAACGGUUACCAACAGCAGCGGGCUGUUAAUCUCUCCACAACGGUACAAUAAAACCUGGCAGCACGCAUUCGACAAGAAAUUUCAGGACGAGGUGAACAAGACCAACUUUCCAGAGUUACACUUCCUUAAGCAAGAACACACUGUGAAUUCGUUUUGGUCGAAAAUAUCAUCAUUUUUAUCACUUUCAAACUCCACUAAUAACAAAGUUCAUCUUCGAAAUGGUGAUGUGUCCUUGGAAAUUCUCACUGAACCCUUUCAAUUGAAAAUAUACUGGCGAAAUGCGCUGAAACUUAUUGUAAACGAACAAAAUUUCCUCAACAUUGAACAUCACAGAACUAAAGAGGAAAAUUUCGCACACGUGCUGCCAGAGGAAACUACUUUCAACAUGUUCAAAGACGAUUUUCUGUAUUCAAAGCAUGAUUCUUUGCCUUUGGGGCCUGAAUCGGUUGCACUAGAUUUCUCUUUCAUCGGGUCUACUAAUGUCUACGGUAUACCAGAACAUGCGACGUCACUACGGCUGAUGGACACUUCGGGUGGGCGAGAGCCUUACAGACUUUUCAACGUUGAUGUUUUUGAGUACAACAUCGGCACUACCCAACCAAUGUACGGUUCCAUCCCAUUCAUGUUUUCAUCUUCGUCCACAUCCAUCUUUUGGGUCAAUGCCGCUGACACUUGGGUGGACAUAAAGUACGACACCAAGCAAAAUAAAACUGUGACUCAUUGGAUCUCGGAAAAUGGUGUCGUGGAUGUAGUUGUGUCCCUGGGGCAAGACAUCCCGACUAUCAUCGACAAAUUUACCGAUUUGACUGGCAGACCGUUUUUGCCGCCAAUGGCCUCCAUUGGCUACCACCAGUGUAGAUGGAAUUAUAAUGAUGAAACGGACGUUCUCUCAGUGGACUCUCAGAUGGAUGUCCAUAGGAUUCCUUACGAUUUUAUUUGGUUGGACUUGGAGUAUACUAACGACAAAAAAUAUUUUACUUGGAAGCCAAACUCUUUCCCCAAUCCAAAAAGGCUGCUAUCCAAAUUAAAAAAGUUGGGAAGAAAUCUUGUCGUGCUGAUCGACCCUCAUUUGAAGAAAAAUUAUGAAAUUAGCGACAGAGUAAUCAAUGAAAAUGUAGCGGUCAAGGAUCACAAUGGAAAUAACUAUAUAGGCCAUUGCUGGCCAGGUAAUUCCAUAUGGAUUGAUACCAUGAGCAAGUAUGGCCAGGAAAUAUGGAAAUCCUUUUUUGAAAAGUUCAUGGACCUGCCAGCUAAUUUGACAAAUUUGUUCAUUUGGAACGAUAUGAACGAGCCUUCGAUUUUUGAUGGCCCAGAAACCACAGCUCCAAAGGAUUUGAUUCAUGACAACUACAUUGAGGAAAGAUCCGUUCAUAACAUUUAUGGCUUAUCAGUGCAUGAAGCUACUUACGACGCGAUAAAGUCGAUUUAUUCACAAUCCGACAAGCGUCCCUUUCUUCUAACGAGAGCAUUUUUUGCUGGCUCUCAACGUACUGCUGCCACAUGGACUGGUGAUAAUGUGGCCAAUUGGGAUUACUUAAGGAUUUCUAUUCCUAUGGUUCUUUCAAACAACAUCGCUGGUAUGCCAUUUAUCGGAGCCGACAUAGCUGGCUUUGCUGAGGAUCCUUCGCCUGAAUUGAUUGCACGUUGGUAUCAAGCAGGCUUAUGGUACCCAUUUUUCAGGGCACACGCCCAUAUAGAUACCAAGAGAAGAGAACCAUACCUUUUCAACGAACCCUUGAAGUCGAUAGUUCGUGAUACCAUUCAGUUGAGAUAUUUCCUAUUGCCCACCUUAUACACUAUGUUUCAUAAAUCAGGCGCAACUGGAUUUCCUAUAAUGAAUCCAAUGUUCAUUGAACACCCUGAAUUUAGUGAGCUGUACGAUAUCGACAACCAAUUUUACUGGAGUAAUUCUGGCCUUUUAGUUAAACCUGUUACGGAGCCCGAUCAAUCAGAAACGGAAAUGGUUUUCCCACCUGGUAUAUUCUAUGAAUUCGCAUCUUUGGUCUCUUUUACGAACGAUGGUACUGAUUUGAUAAAAAAGAAUGUUUCUGCACCAUUAGACAAGAUUCCGUUAUUUAUUGAAGGCGGCCACAUUAUCACUUUGAGAGAUAAGUAUAGAAGAUCCUCAAUGUUAAUGAAAAACGAUCCCUAUACCAUAGUGAUAGCUCCAGACACAGAAGGUCGUGCUAUUGGAGAUCUUUAUGUUGACGAUGGAGAAACUUUUGGCUACCAAAGAGGUGAGUACGUAGAAACUCAGUUUGUCUUGGAAAAUAAUAUCUUAAAGAACGUUCCAAGUCAUAUUCCUGAAAAUUUGAUUGAUAUCCACUACGAUACUUUGAGAAAUACCAAUAUUGAAAAAAUCAUCAUCGCGAAGAAUGGCUUAAAACAUAAUAUGACAUUGACAGACCGCAUUACAGUCAAACAAAAUGGCAAAGAAAGUUCAUUUUCGACUAGAUUUUCACAUGAGAAUGAUAAUAAGAUAACCAUUCUGAAUGCAUCGCUUGAUAUAACUGAAAAUUGGGAACUUGUUUUUUGA